AUGCAGAGGAUACUGGGCUACGGCAAGAAGAAGAACCACGAGCAGUUGCUGCGGGAGUCUGCCGCUGCGAUGUCGCAGGCGCAGGAGUCCCUCCAGGCUCGUGUGUCGAGGUUGGACACGGAGGUUUCCCAGUUGAACAUGCAGUUACAGGGGAUCCAGCGGCGGUUGCAGAGCAGUGGUGCGUCUGUGGGUGGGCAGAGGGCGUUGCGGCAGCAGGCGAUGAAGUUGCUUGCGAAGCGGCGGCGGCUUGAACAGAUGCGGGACUCGCUGGACGCGCAGGAGUGGAACAUGCAACAGGCGCAGAUGACGAGCGAGACUUUGCAGAACACGGCGGUCACGGUCACUGCGAUGCAGCGGAGCAACGCCGCACUGAAGCAGCAGUACGGCAAGAUCGACCUCGACAAGCUCGAGGACUUGCAGGACGAGAUGCAAGAGCUGGUUGCCCGCGGUGACGAACUACAAAGCGCGCUUGCGAUGGGCAACCCUGCAGAGAUCGACGACCUCGACGAGGACGAACUGGACGCAGAACUCGCUGCCCUGGAGCAAGACGCGGACGCGUUCGACGAACCGGAGACCGCAGGAACCGUGCCGUCUUUCCUCUCCGGCGCUGUCCCGCAGUUCAUCGACGACCCGGCGGAGCAGAGCACGCCUGCCGUGACCAACCCGCUCGAGACAGAGCAGUGA